AUGCUGUUUGCAGACAGGCGCAACUUACACAGGCAAGUGACAAUAGCAAGCGAUCCAAUACAUGUGCCUCGAGCAUCCCGUACAACCUGCGUUAUGAAAAUCGCCAUCAUUGGAGCUGGGAUCGGCGGCUGCAGUGCUGCUCGAUUUUGCCGCCAGGAGUUCAAAGACGCGGAGAUCCAUGUUUUGGAAAGGACCCCGCGCGUUGGAGGUCGGGCGUGCGUCUUUGAGAGCGGUGGCCACACGUACGAGGCCGGCGCCUCCAUCGUCCAUUCGCGGAACCGGUACCUGGCGGACUUCGCUGCGGAGUUCAAGUUGGGCCAGGUGGCCCCGCCUCAGACGCGGCUGGUCCUGCACAACGGCAGGCCGGUCUUUGAGGGCAGCAGCUUCAAGCCCCUGACGCUUGCCAAGAUGCUGCGACGCUAUGGACUGGGCCCGUUGCGCCUGGAGCGUUGGGUGGAAAGGUUCCUGCGGAAGUUUGAACACAUCUACGAGCUGCAGGGCAGAUCACAGGCAUUCACCAGCCCCAAGAAGCUGCUGGCGGCACUCGACCCUGAAUUCGAGGCCAUGGUCUCAGAGACGCUGAAGCGUCGCUUGGAGCAGGAUGGCUUUGACAAGCGCAUGGUUGAGGAGUUGGUGGCUGGAAUCGUCCGGGUGAACUAUGGGCAGGGCCUGGACGUGGGAGUCUUUGUUGGUGCCGUCGCGCUGUGUGGAUCUGGCGGAAAGCUAUGGGCGGUGAGUGGCGGGAACCACACCUUGGCGGAGAAACUUCUCGAAGCCUCUGGUGCUAAGCUGAUCACAGAUGCAAAGGUUUUGCGCAUUGAACUGGGACAACAAAGAUACACAGUUGAGGCGCGAUGUGCCGGGGCCGAGCGGUUUGUUGAGGAGUAUGACUUGGUUUUCGUGGCGGCCCCGCAGCAUGAACCUUUGGAGCUGCAGAUUGUGAAGGGCUCACAGAAUCUCACGGCCCAGAUAGCCCGCAGAUACCAGCGGAUUUUUGCCAGCUUCUACUCUGCACCUCCUUGCCACUUAGCUCUCCACUGCGGAAGUCCCCCAGCUGGCACCAUACUCAGCACGUCGCCGGGCUUCAAUAUCGGACAAUACAACAGCACGGGCGGGGAGGACUUGAUAUGGAAAGUUUUCAGUGAACCUCAAAGUGAGCUUUUCUCCAAGAGCUCUCUGAGACCUUCGGGUGGGCAUACCCCAACGAGACGGCGGAGAGAGAGAAAGACAUCCCCUUUUGGACGGAAAGGGUCUAUUCUACUGUAA